AUGGCAGCGUUGGCCCUACUGCUGGUCUGCGCGUCUUUUGCAACUGCUGCUCCCACCUUCAAUGGCAACGGGCUGGGCAGGAUGCUGCUGGCUCCCGCCUGCCAGUUCUCCUCCGCCAGCAACUGCGUCAAGUGCGCCGGCAAGAUGCUGAACGCCACCACCUCCACCUACACCGUCGUCAUCGACGUCAGCUCCUGCAAGGGCGCAGCCGUCAGCUGGGUGUGCUGCCGCGACGCGGGCUGCACCGUGGACGCCUGCGGCGGCGGCGGCGCCACGAAGGAGGCCGCCACCGACAAGUGCAACGAGGCCACCUCAGCCAACUACACCGUCCCCUACACCGCCACCUCCAUCAACCUCCAGCUCCACGACGGCGCCAACGCCGGCAACGUAGUUUGCUCGGGCAGCCCCUCCAAGACCGGCGCCGGCACCUGCUGCGGCGGCGCCGGCGGCGGCUGCGACGCGCCCCUCCACGUCUCCGCCUACACCAUCGCCCUCUCCUCCUGCCCCGACAUCCGCGGCCCGCCCGUCAGCAACCCGCCCGAGUGCCAGGUGGAUGCCGACUGCGCUGGCAGGACCGCCCUCAACGCGGGCUGCGGCACGGCCGCCUGCAACACCACCAGCGGCAACUGCUACAGCAACCCCGCGCCCAAGGCUGGCAACACGUGCCGCGCCUCCGCCGGCGCGUGUGACGAGCCCGAAACGUGUGAUGGGCUUUCUCUCACCUGCCCUGAGGACGAGUUCAAGCCUGCCACCCACACCUGCCGCGCCUCGGCUGGCGUUUGCGACGAGCCUGAGAUGUGCACCGGCAGCACGGCUGCCUGCCCUGAGGACCAGUUCAAGCCUGCCACCACCGAGUGCCGCGCCUCGGCUGGCAUUUGCGAUGAGCCUGAGACCUGCACCGGCAGCACUGCUGCCUGCCCUGAGGACCAGUUCAAGCCUGCCACCACCGAGUGCCGCGCCUCGGCUGGCAUUUGCGAUGAGCCUGAGACCUGCCCCGGCAACGCAGCUGCCUGCCCUGAGGACGAGUUCAAGCCCGCCACCCACACCUGCCGUGCCGCCACCGACAAGUGCGAUAAGCCCGAGCUGUGCACAGGCUCUUCUGUCAGCUGCCCCGCCGAUGAGGUGCUGCGCGACCGCGCCAAGGGCUUCAAGUGCGGCAAGACCUGCUUCUUCUGCGGCAUUCCCGAGGACCUGAGCUACCAGCAGAAGCUCAUGGACCUCACCAAGCCCACCAAGACCACCACCGGCCUGGGCUCCUGCAACAUGGGCGCCUGCGAGGACUUCAUCUUCUUGCCGGCAAGCAGCCCCUACUGCACCGGCUGCGUCGACAACAAGCUGUGCCCUCCCAACUCUGCCGGCAAGCGCCAGGCGCUGAGCAACAUCGAGCACGCGGUGUGCAACGGCGACACGGGCACCUGGAACUGCGUGAACAAGCAGGAGAGCCCCUUUGCCGGCCCCGUCUGCCCGCCGUGGUAG